AUGGCGGCCACCAAGGUGGCUUUAACCAAGAGAGCAGAUCCAGCUGAGCUUAGAACAGUAUUUUUGAAGUAUGCAAGAAUAAAAAAAAAUGGUGAAUUUUUCAUGUAUCCCAGUGACUUUGUCACUCGAUACUUGAACAUUUUUGGAGAAAGCCAGCCUAAUCCAAAGACUGUGGAACUUGUAAGUGGUGUGGUGGAUCAAACCAAAGAUGGAUUAAUAUCCUUUCAAGAAUUUGCAGUGUUUGAGUCUGUCCUGUGUGCCCCGGAUGCUUUGUUCAUGGUGGCCUUCCAGCUGUUUGACAAGGCUGGCAAAGGAGAAGUCACGUUUGAGGACGUUAAGCAAGUCUUUGGACAGACUACAAUUCAUCGAUGUAUUCCAUUUAACUGGGAUUCAGAAUUCGUGCAACUACAUUUUGGCAAAGAAAGAAAGAGGCACCUGACAUACGCGGAGUUCACUCAGUUUUUGCUGGAAAUACAGCUGGAGCAUGCAAAGCAAGCCUUUGUGCAAAGAGACAAUGCCAGGACCGGAAAAGUGACAGCCAUUGACUUCCAAGACAUCAUGGUCACCACCGCCUCCCAUGUCCUGACACCUUUUGUAGAAGAAUGUCUAGUAGCUACUGCUGGAGGUACCACAUCCCAUCAAGUCAGUUUCUCCUAUUUUAAUGGGUUUAAUUCGCUCCUUAACAACAUGGAACUCAUUAGAAAGAUCUACAGCACUUUGGCCGGCAACAGGAAAGAUGUAGAGGUGACUAAGGAGUUGUUUGUUCUGGCAGCUCAGAAAUUUGGUCAGGUUACACCAAUGGAAGUUGACAUCUUGUUUCCAGAUUUAUACAAGCCAUGGGGACGUAUGACCUUAGCAGACAUUGAACGAAUUGUCCCUCUGGAAGAGGGGACUCUGCCCUUCAAGUUGGCUGAGGCCCAGAGGCAGAAGAAGGCCUCCAUCGAUUCGUCUCGUCCAGUUCUACAGGUUGUAGAGUCGGCCUACAGAUUUGGUCUGGGUUCAGUUGUUGGAGCUGUGGGAGCCACUGCCGUGUAUCCUAUUGAUCUUGUCAAAACUCGAAUGCAGAACCAGCGAUCAACUGGCUCUUUCAUGGGAGAACUUAUGUAUAAAAACAGCUUUGACUGUUUUAAGAAAGUGCUACGCUAUGAAGGCUUCUUUGGACUAUAUAGAGGUCUGUUGCCACAGUUAUUGGGAGUUGCCCCAGAAAAGGCCAUAAAACUUAUAGUGAAUGACUUUGUGAGGGAUAAAUUCAUGCACAGAGAUGGUUCGGUCCCACUUGCCGCAGAGAUUCUUGCUGGAGGCUGUGCAGGAGUUUCCCAGGUGAUUUUCACAAAUCCUUUGGAAAUCGUUAAGCUCCGUUUGCAAGUGGCUGGGGAAAUCACCACGGGUCCUCGAGUCAGUGCUCUGUCUGUCGUAAGGGACCUGGGGUUCUUUGGGAUCUACAAGGGUGCCAAAGCGUGCUUUCUGUGGGACAUUCUUUUCUCGGCCAUCUACUUCCCGUGCUAUGCCCACGUGAAGGCUUCCUUUGCAAGCCAAGAUAGGCAGGUGAGCCCUGUGAGCCUGCUCUUAGCUGGCGCCAUAGCUGGUAUGCCGGCAGCAUCUUUGGUGACCCCUGCUGAUGUUAUCAAGACUCGAUUGCAGGUGGCCGCCAGGGCCGGCCAAACCACUUACAGCGGAGUGAUGGACUGCUGGAAGAUACUGCAGGAAGAAGGCCCAAAAGCUUUGUGGAAAGGAGCUGGCGCCCAUGUGCUUCGCUCUUCGCUGCAGUUUGGUGUAACUUUGCUGACGUAUGAAUUGCUGCAGCGCUGGUUCUGCAUUGCUUCUGGAGGAGUGAAACCUGCUGGAUCAGAGCCUGUUCCUAAGUCUCGGAUCACACUGCCUGCCCCAAUCUUGACCACUGGGGGCUACAGACUGGCUGUUGCAACCGUUGCAGGGAUUGAAAACAAAUUUGGACUCUAUCUACCUCUCUUGAAGCCAUCAGCAUCUACCUGGAAGGUUACCAGUGGCGGCCCCUAG